UCGAAAGGUGUUGAUGGGCGCGUAAUUCAUAGAAAGAAGAGGUUUCAUUUACUUCUUCGUAAUGUCGUCAAAAAAAUCAGACUUUUCUUCUGCAUACAAACUCACAAGAAGAGCAGUGACCAGUUCUGCUCGUGUAAAGCGACGAUCGAUUGAAUGGAAGAACAUCCGUUAUGAAGAAGCCGGCAAACGAAGAAAUUUGGAUAAACUGUCCCCACUUCAAGAGUCUGAUCAAAAUCUCAGUAACUCGAGGCAUCAUAAUUAUGACGGUAAAACACCGUCGAAGAAGGGCAAUAAAGAAGGCUCAAGAAUGGAAAUGUUGCUGAAGUGGCGAAAUGACAGGAAACGUAUGAAGGAAGAGGAAAGUAAGAAAAACAAACCAAGUUUCAAAGUGCAUCACGUACAGCACAUUGAUACUGACCUGUAUAAUAAACCAACAACUGAUGCUUCUACUAAACACAACAAGGCGACGGCUUCAAACACUUGGCAUGUUGAGCCUGUGCCAGCCGCAAGACCUUCGAGUACAACUCGAGCCACAAGAUCGACAAGCUCCAUCAAACAGAUAACUGCUGCCAGUAAUAAAUCGCAAGUUGCUGCCCUGAAGCAGGUAAAGAGCACAACACGCCGGCGUACAAAACCUCAGUCUCCUCCUGUAACUCGUAGAAUGACUCGACAGAUGACAAAGGUGGUUGAUAAGAAAGAAAAUGUUAAGCCAAAGUUGGAGAAGGGGAAAAAACCUGUUGAGAAAUCAAGAGAGCCAAAGAAAAAAUCCUACAAUGUAGAUCUUAGAAAAGUAGCGACGAAAAGAGGAGAAAUCGCUGACGAUGAUGCACAGUCGUUUGCUCCAAACAAUUUCAGGUUUGCUGCACCAAGCAACCUGACUUCAUUCACCUUCAAGCCACUGAGUCCUGCCAGUGCAUCGGAGUUCUUGUGUCCAAAUAACGAAACGGCUUCUACGUCCUUUUUCUCCGCUGAACCUGCGUACGGCAGAUGCUCAACCCCAGGAUUAAGAAAGUCCAAGAGAUCCAAACAGCCACAUCAAUCAGAAUCAGCUUCCAGCUCUGCAUCAAGUGAUGAUGGUGCCACGACUUACUCUGUAGUAGUGGAUGGCAAGAAAAUUAACCGUAGCACAAGACAGUCUUCACUUAGCAAUGUUGACACUGAUGAAUUGUCGGAUGAUGCUAAGAAAAGCAGUCAGAAUGUGAAUGGUUCGUCAUCAGAAUCAGCUUCCAGCUCUGCAUCAAGUGAUGAUGGUGCCACGACUUACUCUGUAGUAGUGGAUGGCAAGAAAAUUAACCGUAGCACAAGACAGUCUUCACUUAGCAAUGUUGACACUGAUGAAUUGUCGGAUGAUGCUAAGAAAAGCAGUCAGGAUGUGAAUGGUUCGUCAUCAGAUGAAGCAAUUGAAAGGUGCAGUGUGAAACCUACUGAAUAUACGGUGGUGGUAGAUGGCACCCCAGUGAAGAGAGGCAGAAAAUCUCUAAAAAGUGUCAAAAUGACACCAACACGUUCCCGCAGGGGGAGCGUCGUAAAUCAUGGAAACAGCGAACUGACACCACAUGGUGUCACAGUGUUCACCCCUCGCAGGUCAACCCGAAAAUCACUCAGACCCGUUACCUCCGACACGGACAGUGCCUUGGAGACUGUGCCUUUGUCUGUAAAGAUUGCAGUCGACAAUGACCCUAACGUAGCGAGUACUUCCAGACUGUCCCGUUCGGAGUUUACAGAGGUGAAAACCCCUAACUGUUCCAGACGGAAGAGUCUGAGAAGAGUUGAUUCAAGUCAAGGUUCAGCGAUUAACAGCCACAAUGGAAACGACUUGUCCAAGGAUGGACAAAUUGUCCCUAAAGAUACACAAAAUAGUGAUAACUCAACCUCGUCUGAUUCUGACAAGGAUAUAAAAGAUUCAAAGACGACCAGAUCAUCAAGAAAAGCCAGGAUGUCGGAAAUACUUGAUAAAAACGAUGAUGAACAGUCUGUAGAUUUACCCUUGAUUUCUGACACAGUUCACAACUCUACUUCAUCAGAUUCUGAAAUUAAUAACAAAAAUUCAAAGACAAGAUCGAGGAAAAACAGAAAGUCACAAAUAGUUAAUAAAAACAACGGAGAAAAAUUAGUUGAUAUUGCCAUAGCUUCUGAGGGAGAGGUGUGUAGUGAUGCGGAGAAAUCGUCCCAAAGUAGCAAAGAAGCAUCUACACAUUUGCUGGAAGCAGUCGAUAAAUCUAACUCUUCUGAUUCUGAGACAAAGCGAUCGUCAAGAAAAAUGAGAAGAUCAUGUGUGUCAGCAAAAAAUAAUAACAAAGAAAAGCCUGUUACCAUGUUGUCUGAUAUCCCAAAUACUGAAAACUUGUCUUCCAAUAACUUUAAAGCAGUUAAAAACUCAGCUUCAUCGGAUUCUGACAAGGAUAAGAACAAUUUGAAGACAAACAAAUCAAGAAAAAGUUAUGACAUAGAAAAGUCUGUCGCUGUGACUUCCGAUACAAAUUCAUCUGGUGAUGCUGAAAAAUCAUUCCCCAAAGAUGAUGGCACUUCAGCCUAUGCACUGAUUGAUGAAGCAGCAGAUAACUCCACUUCAUCUGAGUCUGCUAUUGAUAAAGUUUAUUCACACACAAAAAGAUCAUCAAGAAAAAGUAGAAAAUCACAAAUAGAUGCUAAAAAUGGUGAUGAAGAAAAAUCUCUUAAUGUUGUUACUACUGCUUUGGAAAUGGAGAGUAUUGAAUCAAAGGAGUCGGCCAUAGCUGAAGAACAAAGCCCUGACAAGAAAUGGAACCCUGUCCGCCCCAUUAUGUAUACAGAUAUUGAGGAACAAAAUGGAAGCAAUGAUGUAACUACGGUUCGUGAAGAGGAUACAGUGAACAGUAAAUCUGAGGACACUGUUUUCCAUGGUACACCGAUUAAACGAUCUAGAAGGAAAUCAACAUCUUCUGUUGACCAAUUUCAAGAGCCUGGAGAGCCCAUGUCCACGAGAAAGAGUACACGCAAGAGGAGGAAGACAACAGCAUGUGAUAUUCCACCAGAACUACGCAGUCCUGAUCAAUGGAUACAAGUUUUGGAAUCAAGUCCCAUGGUUGAAAUGUCAAGAAGGACACUAAAAUCAAAAACUCCUCCAGAAAAAGCCAUCCCAAUAGAGCCACUGAAUUUUGAUGAUUUUGAUGACGAGAUUCCAAAUGUCAUCAAUCCUUUCUCUGGAAUGCUAAUGCCAACUGAAAAUGCUGUGCCCAUGGAUGUUGAUUUGAAAGAAGCUGGUCCUUCCGAAGACAUCGUAACUGAAUCUAGUGGAGAACACAAUGUUAAAUAUUUCCGUAACCUUUUGGUAACGGAGACAGCACGCCUACAGAAUUACUGUGCAACAUGGGACUCGAUGGACCACUCCAACUCUGGCAUUACUGAAGAAUCUGAAGGUCAGAUUCGUACUGUAAUAGGUCAGGCUCAGCUGCUUAUAGAUCAAAGAUUUAAACAGUUUCGAGGUUUAGUUGACGACUGUGAGUUUAAGCGAGGGGAGAAGGAAACGACCUGUACAGACCUUCAGGGAUUCUGGGAUAUGAUUUUCUUCCAGGUGGAAGAUGUUGACAAGAAAUUCGAGCAGCUUCACAAACUGAAAGACAAAAAUUGGGUGGUUGAAAAGAUUGUUGAAAAGAAGAAAAUUGUCAAGAAAAAGCCAGUUGCUACAAAAACGACAAAACCAGCUGUUUCAAAAUUUGCCCGUUUCCGAGCGGAAAUUAAGAAGAAUAAGGCACUGAAUGACGGAGAUAAUCCUGAUGAGAAGACUGCUGACUCAUUCAAAGUAUUCGACGCUGGAUUCUUUAAAGUGCAAAGUCCAGUAAAAAGUCCAGCACAACAUUGUAGAGGCCCCCCAGGGACAUCACAACAAGUACCUACAAAAGACACUGAGACAUUUGAAGUUAAUUCAGCCGAUACCGGCACGAAAGAAGAACACAUAGAUUUACCUUUGUCAAAAACACAGUUAACUAAAACCCCAAACCGCAGGAGUUAUGCCCCUUCAGUCCCAAGUCCACUUCUCCGAGACAUUACGCCAAAGCAUGGCAGUCGAAAAACUCUGGCUCUUGGAUGCCUUUCGGUUCCACGGAAAUUGAUAGAGGGCCAGACUGAGGGUAAAGAGAACACUCCAGCUCCUGAACCACAGACAACAAGUAUCCUUUCCUCGGCCACCAAGUCUGCCAUCACUCCAAGGAGGAGAAGUAUUCGGAUUAGAAACUUGCCUACUGAUGACAAUGCCUCUGGUAGAUCCACAUUGUUUGAUGGCGAGUUGAGAAAGUAUCUUGAGCCAUCAAGUGUGGAUACUGAUUCUGGUGCUUCUCCAGUCUCUAGUGGAAGGAAGCGAAGAAGCUCUUUGAAAAUUCCACCUUCCUCAGCCAAACGGAGGUCUCGACAUCGGAGUGUCAAGUUCUCUGAUUCUUCACCCCUUCCCGAGGGUCAGCGUGUUGGUUUACCGUGUACACCAUUCAACCGGGAUUCUCUUGUUGCAAGAGCUCGGGUGUCAAAAGGUGAUUUGUUAAUUGACCUUCCUGCUGAAACCAGUGAUUCUGAAAUUACAGGACAGUCUUGUGAGCCCAGUAGAAUGGGUAGGCCAAGUCUGCUUUUCACUCCUGAUAAAAGAGAUGUCACUGUAUGCUCUUCCAAAGAAAACCUGAUAAACUUCUCUCCAUUGUGAUUUGAAUCACAGUCUGUACAUUAGUGCUAAUACUGAAUUCUGACAUGUUUUCUAAUGUGAUGGAUAUUACUGGAAGAAAUAUUAAAUUUCUGUCUGCAUGUUAUAAAUAUACUGAACAGUGAAAAAAAAAAGAAAAAACAUCUGCAUAAUUCCUAUAUUCAUUUUAUUAUUACACUGCAUAUAAGUGUAUUCAGUGAGAUUUUAGUUUAUGAAUCUGAGAUGAAAGUGAAUUAGAAGAGAAAAAAAAUCCAGGGAAUUUUUAAUAUUAGUGGUAUUGUGCUGGUUAGGGUCCAUUCAAAGCAUCAGCUGAAACCAUAUCGUAAGCUUUGAACGAGGAAUAUGGAAACAGUUUGCCACGAUUAAAAAUCUGGAAUUCCAAAAAACUUUUCAUCUCUGAUCAGUGUAGGUUAUAUAUGGCUUGUAAUAAAACUAUACUGUAUUCCUGUAUACAUUAAAUUCUAAUGUAUAUAAUGUGGAUUAUAAACUGGAUUCUGUUUGCAUGUGGAAUGUCAACAAAAAAAAAGAGAGAAAAAAGAGUUAUGUUUGUAGAAUAAAUGGUACAUUAAAAAUAUGUUUUACCAACUUGUAGAAAGCAUUACAUAUUGAACUUGUUUAGAGACUGUUCCAUUAAUGCAUUUGUCAAAAAAAGAGAAAAAUCACUAUUCACACACAGAUGAUUGGCAUGUAAUGUAGAUAGUAAUCACACUUUAAACAGGUGUUGUAAAUAUAUUACUUUUCCAUAAAUAACUAAGAGCUUGUCACAUGAACUGCUGAAAUAUUUCAGAAUCUGUUAAAAACAAAGAGAUGUGUCAGUUUAUUCUUCUUGAAAGCAUAAGGAGACCAAAUUUAAUUCACUACUCAAGAUGUUAUUGUCUGUAUAAAAUACAGAGAUAAUGUAUGUCACAUUAUGUGGGAGUGACUGCCAGUAAUGUGAUUAACUUCCCGAUAUGGCGAAUAAAGAUUUUGGUUGCAGCCAAUGUUUGCUGUUACUAGUCUCCUACCCGUCUGUGUGUCUGGAAUUUUGUAUAUAGCUUUAUCAAACUGUUAAGAUCAAGUUUGCCUUUCAUGGUGAUAACUCAUUUUUCGCAAAGUUAUGGUCAUUGAAUUUAGAGAUACGAAAAAACAAUUGGCCCGGCAAGGGACAUGUAUUGCUUUAGCAGUAUUCUCAAAAUGCUUGUUAUUUAUGUGUUUUCUUAUUUUCUUUCCAUCAGUAUGUGUACAAAGGACUUUUUAAUAGAACAAAAUUCCUAAAGUUUUUUUCCCCAUACGUUUUGCCCCAUUAUAACCGACGAUGACAUUAAUAACUUGCUACUUAACGUAAGUGACAUAGACAGUGUAUUACAGAUAUCACUGGAUUUAAGACCAAUGACUAUUUAUUUUCAUAGGUAUACAUACACACACAGACAGACAUUCAUUUACAUACAUGUAUAAAUAGACAUGGACCGUAUAUAACAGAAAGAUGAGGCAAGACGUUUAUACCGGUACAUAUUCACAAAUUAAAGACAUUUUUAUUAUAUAUUUGGUUGAUUAUAAUAAGUAGUCAAAGAUAAAGACAUUUUAUGUUUGUCACUCUUUUUCUGUGCAGAUUAUAAUAAAAGGAAAAACACUA